AACAAGUGUAUAAUGUAUAGAGUUUCUAAAUAUGUUAUUGUCUAUUCAGGGUCCCCUAUAAAUAAUAAAUUAGCGCUGAAGUCGUAUUUGUUUUAGUUUCUUUAUGUUGUUAAAUUGAGAAGAGAUGAGGAACGCCAGAAUAAAGGACGCACAAAAGUUCUGAUACGUAAAUCAUGAGAAGGACACUUUAACUGUAAUGAAGACGCUUCAAACAUUGUAACGGAGGCUGAGUGAGGUGUACAGUAUGUUGGAGCUUGAGGUUUAUCCAGAACAAUCACUGAGCUCGGAAAAAUGGGAAUUUGUUUUAGGAAUGCACUUCAGCCAGGCAGUGGCCAUAAUACAACAUCAGGUUGGCACUAUUCGUGGUGUGCAGGUCCUCUACAGCGACACCACCUUGCUGGAGACUGACCUCAUCUUGAACCUCUCUAAUGAUGGCAUUCAGUUGUACUUUGAUCCUGUGUGUCAAAGACUCAAGAUUAUUGAAGUGUUUAAUAUGAAGGCAGUGAAACUAAAAUACUGUGGGAUUCCUUUUAAUUCACCGGAAGUUGUCCCAAGCAUUGAACAAAUUGACCAUUCAUUUGGGGCCACCCAUCCUGGCAUUUAUGACUGGGAGCGCCAGAUUCUUGCAAUCAACUUUCCAGGGCUCUCUUUCUUCUUCUCCGUAGAUCAGAAAUACCAGCCGUGCCUAAACAAGGGCCUAGGUUCACUGCAGUUUCCCAGUGGAGCAUCCCCAGUGGUGUCUAAGAUGCUCAUAUAUAGUGGAAACAACCCAAAUGAUACAAGAGCACCACCUUUGCCACCCUCCUGCAUUCACAACCUUAUACACCUAGAAUCACUCUUGGUUCUCCGAGAUAUGGGAAAAACAAAGGGCCUGAAGCUCAGUCUUUUUACUGAUGAUGGGAGGUCACGCCACCAUGACUCUCGUCAGACAUUCACUAGGACUAUCCACUUUGGGGCUUCAUGUCAGGAAGUCGCAGUUGCUUUAGGGGCACCAUCACGGAUUUUCUACAAGUCUGAAGAUAAAAUGAAAAUUCAUAAUGCCCAUGCCCGAAAAGCAACCACACGCUCUGAUUUCUUCUUCAAUUAUUUUACUCUAGGACUGGACAUCCUCUUUGAUGCCAAAACUCAGCGUGCCAAGAAGUUUGUGUUGCACACCAACUUUCCAGGACAUUAUAACUUCAACAUGUACCACCGAUGUGAGUUUGAGCUCCCUCUUACUGUUCCUCGUCAGCCUGAGGAUGCAACACAGCUCAUUGACUUACCCUCCACAAUCACGAGUGUAACCCUCUGGGACACGCUGGGAUCCAGGAUCAAGCCUCGGGGGCGUCCAGUCGUUCUCCACCGAUCCUCUUCCACCAAUACGUCAAACCCUUUUGGCUCAACCUUUUGCCAUGCAUAUCAGGAUAUUAUUUUUGAGGUUAUGGCCAAUGGACAUAUAGCAUCUGUAACUUUAUAUGAAAGUGAAGAAGCUGCAUAGUACUGGUUCUAGGAUGGUGACAGCAUUUCUGUGGGAUUUCAGAACCACACAAGACCAGAAGGUAUUCCCUCUUAUCAGAAGCAUCCACUAUAACUCGAGUACUCUUAAUAGUCUCUUGGGAAAUUUUUAGUUUAAAAAAAAAAUAUUUAUGCAUCAGCAGUCAAGAAAAAAUGUUAAGAUUGAUGGUGCUAGUGUGUAAGCAGCAUUUUAUGAUGUGAAACUACAAGACAUUCCUUGUAGGUUGUGUUGGAUUUCAUUGCUCCUUGCAGGAAUUUAUUGCAGGCUAUGCCAAUUGGUAAUAGUAUGGAGGAUAGUGGAGAGCAUAGAUAGCUGUCCCUCAUGUAUCCUUCAAUGCUCGUCUCCAGCCUGGUUUGGUAAUUAUGAAGCGCAGUAAUUACGAUAUUCAGUACAUUAUACUGACUCAGCUUAAAGGCUGAAAUCAGUUGAAAAGAUAGUGCAUUCAUUGUUUGUGGUUCUGUAAUGCUUGGUACAGUAUAGUUUUACAAGAAAAUAUGCAGUGGAAAAUAUGUAAUCAUUUUAUGUUAAAAAAAUUUAGUUUUUUAAAAUAUUUUGUUUUCUAUAAUAGUAUUUCUAAGUUUUGAAUACUGUACAAGACAAUUUUUUCGUAAUCAUCAAUAUUAUACCACCUACAUUUUCAAAAGUCAGAUAGAUAAGAAUAUUGACUAGAUAAGGCCAUAUUUUGAUGUUACUAAGUUUAUUUUAUAGUUCUCAUAUAUAUUAAUGUUAACAGGCACAAAGAAAUUUGUAAAUAUUUUAUUAGUACAGUAAAUAUUUUUUCACUUAUGCUUAUUAAGAUGAUUUGAUAGCCCUGUUCUUUUUAAUUUGUGGUAUUAUUUUUAAGUUUAUUUAUUUCAAGUUUAAGGUCUUGCCUGUUUGCAUCCUAAGAGGUACAUAUAGGUACCCCUGCAACAAUAUAUAUAUAUUUGUAUGUUUAUAAGAGUGUUAUGCUUUUUUAUAGGAGGAAAAGCAUGCAAGGAAUAGUAGCCAAAGCUGUGCUCAUACUUAAUCAGAAGAUGUCAAUUUAAGAUUACUGACAAACAAUGAAAAAGUAACUCUAAAAAUUAUAAAUAUUUUUAUUUGCUGCUGAUAGCUCAUUAAAAAAUGAUGAUUUAAAUUGUUAAGUAAAUAUAAUACAGUUUGAAAUUUCCAUAGUAGGGACUUGGAAAUGUUUAUGAAAUGUUUGAAUGGGCUCAUUAAAGUGCUAAUAUGUGUGGUUCCAAUGUUGUUUUAUGUAUGUAUAAUUUGAUUGCUUAAAAGAGGCUACACUUUACAUAUCUUUUUAAUUCAUUUGUAGACUACCCCAGUGGCAUUGCACAACAGUUACAAGAGAUUUCUGCUUGCCAAUACUUAAAAACUUUAUAAAUGGCUUGCUUGUAAUUAAAAAUAAUUAGACUGAAACUUUUGAAAAAUGAUUCAAGAGUAAGUGAUAAAUUAGCAAAAAUUACAACUGGUCCAACUUAUGUGAUUGGUCAUUCAGUAAAGAAAUUUACACAAAAAAAUAUGAAAACUUUCCAUAAGGAGUUGAGUAAAUUUUAUUAUUUAAAAUUGAGAAAUGGUACAUUAACCAUAAUUUUGUUUACAUCCUAGUUUUUUCAUUUUUACCUGGGAGAUAUUGUACACCUCACCAUUUACAAUAUAUUUUUAAACUGUAAAAAUAUAAUCUCAAAUACCUUUAUACAAUUAUUAUUAUUUUAAUCAUAACCAAGUGCUAACCUUUUUUACAGUUAAUAAUCUAGUGCUUACAAGUAUGCACUAGAUUAUUAAUUGCAUGGUAAAUGCCUUCCACUACAUUGAAGAAAAUGGUUAACUGAAUAAGAGCAUGGUGUUUGGAUGUACAAUGCUAAAAUGAACAAAUAGUUCCAGGAAGAAAAAUUUCUGGUGUAAUAAGCACAUAUGAUGUUAAAAAUGAGGACAUAUUUAUAUUCAAAGUAUUUUCAGUAAUCCAAAAGAUUGUUUUUAAAGAAUGUUUCCCGUGUCUUUCUCAAUAUAAUUAUACGGGAGGGCAAUAAAUAACUUUCUUAUAAUAAAUAUGUAGAUUCACUACUUCAUUUAAAUAAAAAAUUUUGAAAGUGAAAAUGGUUACAUAGAAAACUUUUUUUCAUCUCAUGUGAGAUUUAUUUGUUUGUGUAACACUUGGUAAAUAGUAUGAUAUCAUAUAAGAAAAUAAAUUAGAUUUUUUCAUCAGUUGACCAGUUUGGAAAAACGUAACUGAAUGGAUCCACAUAAAAGGAAAAAGCCAUUGAAAAUAUCGGCAUGCCUAAAAAUAAAAUUUCCAUGUAACUGUAAAAAAUAUAAUACUUUUAUGUAUGCCUCUUAGGCAUUUAUUUUAGUUUUAACGUGAGCAAAAAUGAGAUUUUUGUUGCUAUUGGUAGUAAUGAGAAACUGAACUGAAGGAACAUUGCUGUAACACGUUUUCAGUUUCCAUGACCUGAUGUUUUUAAAAUGUAACAGAAGUAUUGUAGAUUCAAUUGAUAUGAAAAUCUUUGAGAUGUCCAAAUAUUUUUCCUCAGAAUGUUGAUAAUUUUAGUUUCCAAUCAAGUCUUUCAAACUUUAUUGUUACUAUUCAUAUACAUUUCUUAUUAGUCAUAAGGUGAAAAGUUAUGGACAGACUUUUGCCAAAUGUUUAGUUAGGGAAACUAGACAGUAGUGAUUUACUGUAUAUAUAAAUGGCAAUACACUUUAGCUGGUGGGGAAAUCUUGUGUAUUGCUAUAAUAGGCAAGUGAGGCAGUGUUUUUGGUACCAUUGCUAAACACAAAGGUUAUUGGCACCUAGUUUCCAAGCUGUUGGCUAUUUAUGACCCAAGUGCUUUAAUGGACUAAUUUUCUAAACUUCCAGUUUACAACUGUUUUUGUUGAAAAUGCAAUAAGGUUUUCAACAUUGCUUGACUGAACUAAUUUAUACAAACUGCUUAACUUUUAGAAUAUAAGUGUUUCAUAGUGUGAGUGAUAUAACUCUUAUAUUUACCUCAUGUUAUUUAUUGGAAUUAAAUGUAAUGUACAUGAAACAUUUGUUAUCUGUUGUGAAAACAGAACUGAAAGAAUACAACCCAUCCUCCAUAACAAACAUCGGUAUUUUACUAUGAAUAAAGACUGACGGUUAAGCCACUGUGAAAAUAAAAUGUGAACGUUGGAAUUUUACUGUCAUGUUUCCUGAUUCUU